UUAACACAAGUAUAAUUAUCGAUAAAAUAUGGUUGUAGUAAAAUACUUGCUCAAAUUUCUGGCAGUUUUACUUCUGUUUAUAGAGAUAGAUUGUGAUGAAAACGAUAUAGAGUCUAGAGUGGUAGACGGUCAGUUGGUGCCUAUCAGGAGGUUUCCUCACGUGGCGUUCUUGAGAAUAGUGCUUCCUUACGGCGAGGAGAACGUGUGCGGGGGGUCUAUAGUGAAUCAGUUCCUGUUGGUGACUGCGGCCCACUGCAUGGACUUUGUCAAUCUGCGCCGCGACAGUAUAUGGGCGUACGUAGGCCACGAGAACAUUGAUGAGAUAAACAUUAUAAGAUCGGUGAAGAAAAAGUAUAUCCAUGAAGAUUACGACCCGUUUCUCAAUACGCCAAUAAGCGAUAUAGCCUUACUUUUGCUAAAGGAGGCAUUGCCGUUACAUAAGACGAUACAAAGAAUAUUGAUUAAUAUCCAAUUCCCAAGCAGUAAAUUUGUAACGGAGGGGUACCUGGCCGGCUGGGGACUAGUAGACGAAGUAAAUGAAACACCGACGAUGUGGUUGCGAUCCAUCACACAGGAAUUGCUGGACCCGCGCUUCUGUUACCGGAUCUUGAACGGCAGAAUACCGGGUACCUUUUGUGGAGGAAGCAAACACGCAAAUCGCCCCAGACCUGCUAUGGGUGAUUCUGGCAGUGGCCUUAUUUCAAAGCAUCGUGAACUGUUAGGAGUAAUGUCUGUAAAGUCAGCGAAAUCCCCUUCUGUGGCGUUCUACACAAAUGUUACCUCCUUCUACUCAUGGCUAGUCAAAACGGCCCAGGAGGCCCUCCAAUCUACUUGUGGACAUUUGUAAAAGAAUAAAGUUGUACCUCAUA